CGAUGCCGGGGGAGGCGGUGACGCUGCAGCUCGGGCACUACUCGGGCUGUGUGGGCGCGCACUGGUGGGGGCUGCAGGCCGCCUCGCUGCGCGGCCCCGCCGAGCCCGCCGAGCUCUGCGCGGCCGCGCUGCUCCGGCCCGGGCGGGGGCCCGGCGGCACCGAGACCCCCUCGCCGCGGCUGGUGGCGCUGGAGCUGAAAGGCGGCGUGGGCGCUCUGAGACCCGGCGGGGCGAGCGCGGAGGCUCCGGUGCCCUGGGACGGGGCCGUGGCCGAUUACCGGGACGCGCCGCGGGACAGCGGGAACCGCACGGGAGACGCUGCCCGUGACGGGAAGGGGGGUCCCGGCGCUGCCGUGCCAGGAGCAGCUCCCUCAGGGUCGCAGGACCCCCCCUCGGUGAGGCUCUGGUCCGAUUACCUCAGCGUGCCCCUGCACCCCAGGAGCCUCCACGUGAUCCGGCAGUACCUGCACGAUGGGGACUGUGGGUGUCUGGAAGCCUUUGCACAAGGGGAAAGCCUCCUGCAGGAUCCCGCCUGCCUCGAGGAGCUGGAGGAUCGGCUGCACUUCUUCGUGGAGGAGUGUGAUUACCUGCAGGGGUUCCAAGUGCUCUGCGACCUCCACAGCGGCUUCUCCGGGGUGGGUGCCAAGGUGACAGAGCUGCUGCACGACGAGUACUCGGGGAAGGGGAUCCUGUCCUGGGGCCUCACUCCAGCCACCAGUGACCUGGCAGAUCCUCAGAGCAGUUUCUACAGGCUGCUGAACACCGCCCUUGGCAUCGUCCACCUCUCCCAGCACAGCUCUCUCUUCUGCCCUCUGUCCCUCAGCGGGAGUUUGGGGAUCAGGCCACAGCCUCCUGUUACAUUCCCAUACAUAAAAUACGAUGCAUCCCUGAACUACCACAGCAGUGCGAUUUUGGCAGCUGCCCUCGACACCCUCACGGUUCCCUACCGGCUCUGGUCCUCGCAGGGCUCCAUGGUGCACUUUGCUGACUCCCUCACCUUCUCUGGGAGGAAGGUGGUGGCUGCGUGGGCGUCUCUCCCCUUCCCCGCCUCUCCCGGCUCCUCGCUCCCAGAUAUUCUGAGUGCCCACCGGCAGGACGUGCCCUGGAAGCUCCUCCUGUCCUCCUGGAGGGAGCAAAAGGUCAGCUGCUGUUUUGCUCAGUCUGUUGUGCUCCGAGGAGUUGGCAGAGAAAGGCCCAGCAGCAGCUCCCCGGGACGGCAGCCCCGGAUGCCCCUGCAGGGCUGGGAGAGCCCCCAGGAGAUGCUCCAGCACUACCUCCACUCCCACUUCCCGGGCUCCUUCAGCACAGCCCACGUGCUCCAGCAGCCCUGCAGCACCACACCCCCCUUCCCCCAGUUCUUCUCCCCUCUCCUGACCAGACAAGGCUUCCUCCAGGACAAAGCUCUGGGUCACUCCUCGGCAGGGCCUGACAGAGGUGUGCAGAGCAUCCCCGUGCUGGCAGCCCUGCAGGCCUCCCCUGUCCUGCACGAGCUGCUCUCGGGGCUGUGGCGGGACCUGCGGGCGCGGAACGUGCGGCGCUGGAGCAGCUUCUUCACGGCCGGGGUGGAACAGGACGACUUCCAGCAGGCCCUGGAGGAGCUGAAGACUCUGGCCCAGUGCUACGAAACGGGGUUUGGAGGGGAUGGCUCCGAGGAUGAGGCGGAUUCGGACUGACCCACCUUUAUUCCCGGGGAUGGAGGGAGUUGGGAGCGUCUUUAAGAUCACUUUUGGAAUAAAGGGAAUGGCUUUGGA